AUGUUCCGCUUCGAACCUCAUCUUGUUUAUGAAUUAAAUUUAGAAUCAUUUUUAUCGAUGUUGAAAACUUUUACUAGGAGGAAUAUUUAUUUUCAAAGUUUAAAGACUUUUCUAAUCCCUGAAAAUAAUUCUUCUAAGCCAGUUAGGCUCCAAGUCGAUAAAAACAGCUCUGGGUACGUGUUUACCCGCACCGGUCUCACUGAAGAAAGUGUUAAAACUGUCAUCACCUCCUCCAAUUGUUUUAUCGGAGGGCAUUUGACCGUCCGGUUGGAUUCCAUGUUCAAGGCAGUACAAUUCCCAGCAGGCAUUACCGAUCUGUACUCCGGCUUGUCCAACCUUGUAUUAAAACAAUCAAUACCGGAAAAUGUACGCAUUAUAAAAAGUUCAAAAUCAAUAACGUGA